GAGGGUUUUGUUGCAGUGAUGUAUAGAAAAAGUUCAUGUUGUGUGUGUACCGGCCGGUAUGGCAUAGUGGUCUGUUACCCUUGCUUGGGGAGUGAUCACCAGUGUGUCUUGAUGGGCCAGUGAGGUUUUCUGGUUUUAUUAUAGUUUAAGCCAUUACACACUACGUGGUAAUAACGUACCUCAUUUUGUUCUUCUCACUAUUCACAUCAUUUCUAAUGAUUACACUACUUGUCGGAAAUUAAUAAUAACGCCUCAAUAGGCCUGGGAAUGCACAGCGCUCUCAACUUUUUCUAAGUCCACAGGAAUCACCAGCAUCACCUGGCUCACAACUGAUAUGUAGCUGAAGAGGAAGGGAAUCCAUCAUCCACCAUCAUGAAGAAAGAAAGAGAAUUUCAGAAAUCAUACAAAUUAUCUCACCAAAUCCUGAGUUUAACAGGAAUCAACUUCACAAGACAGACUGUGAUUGGUUUUACAGAACUCACACUCAUUCCCUCAAAAGACAGUUUUCGGUACAUCUGGCUGAACUGUAAGCAAUGCUGUGUAUAUCGUGUCACCCUAAAUGAUUCCCUGGAGGUGCAGUUCCAGUAUUUUGAUCCCUUCCUGGAAGUAUGUCCACAAGAGUCAAAGCAGAGAAAUCUAGAAUACUUCAACAAGAGCCAGACAACUGGGGCUUUUUCUGUGGACCCAGAAAUAGGACGAGGUGAAUUGGUGAUUAUUGUACCGUCAGAAGCUCAGCAUAUGAUACAGGAAGGCAAGCCCCUCAGGGUUGGAGUUGAGUUUUCCUUGGAAAAGCCUCAGUCUGGUCUACAUUUUGUUGUUCCAAGCACUGAAGGAACACUAGGAGAGAAAGCUGCACAUCUCUUCACUUAUGGCCAUGAGAACAGUGCUCGGUUAUGGUUUCCAUGUAUUGACACAUGGAGUGAAGUGUGCACGUGGCGCCUGGAAUUCACCGUGGAUGAUUUUAUGACUGCUGUGAGCUGUGGAGACUUGGUGGAAGUAGUGUAUACACAGGACAUGAGGAGGAAGACAUUUCAUUAUUGCCUUACUACUCCAACAUGUGCACCAAAUAUUGCAUUAGCAGUGGGGCCCUUCGAGAUCUAUGUGGAUCCCUUUAUGAAUGAAAUUACACACUUUUGCCUUCCUCAACUGCUUCCUUUGAUGAAGGCUACAAGUAAAUACCUACAUGAAGGAUUUGAGUUUUAUGAGGAGCUUCUUUCCACAAGGUACCCAUAUUCAUGCUACAAGCAAGUGUAUGUUGAUGAAGCCUACAGUGACCUACAUUCAUAUGCUACCAUGAGCAUUCUUGAUGUGAAUCUUCUCUGCAGUAACAGAAUUAUUGAUCAGGUGUAUCAGACAAGGAAAACCAUGGCACUCUGUGUAGCCCAGCAGUUCUUUGGAUGCUUUCUUUCCCGCCAAGCCUGGUCUGAUGCCUGGCUCACCACUGGCAUUGCUCACUAUCUCAUGAGUCUAUAUGUGAAGAAGCAUUUUGGGUUCAAUGAAUACAAAGGUUGGAUACACAGUGAACUACAAGAGAUCAUAGAAUAUGAGGAACGCUUUGGCGGUAUUGUUCUUGAUCCAAGCUCCUCACCAAAUGAACCUCAGAAUGGACCAAAUGUUCCAGCUUCCACAAACAGUAGCAAUAAGGAUACCUUUUACUUCUCGGUUAAGAACCCACAUGCAUGCUCACCUCAUUACAUCAGUGUGUAUUACAAGAAAGCCCAUCUGGUAAUACGAAUGUUAGAAUUUCGUAUUGGACAAGAAUUAAUGAUGCAGGUAUUCAACAAGCACCUUUCUUUGGCACUAAUUGCAGUGGCUAACAAGGGUCAUCCUGCUGGUUGGUCUCACAUGCUCAUAUCAACAGAAACAUUUACAAAGGCAAUCUUCACUGUGACUGGAAAAGACAUUACUGUGUUCUGUGACCAGUGGGUGCGUCAGGGUGGACAUGCCAAGUUCAAUAUGAAAUUCCUUUUUAAUCGUAAAAGGAACAUUGUUGAGAUGACCAUAGAGCAAGGCUACAUUGGUGAGCUUGGGAUACGCCGCUAUGUGGGACCCCUUGUUGUGUGGAUACAAGAGCUUGAUGGCACAUUCAAACAUACACUCCAGAUUGAACACCAGGUCUCAAAGAAAGAAAUUGUAUGUCAUUCAAAAUCUCGCCGAAACAAGAAGAAAAAGAUCCCUCUGUGUACUGGAGAAGAAGUUGACAUGGACCUCAGUCACCUGGAUGCAGAUUCUCCUGUGUUGUGGCUGCGUCUGGACCCUGACAUGACAAUGAUGAGAGCUGUGGAGGUGGAGCAGCCAGACAAUCAGUGGCAGUACCAGUUGAGGCAUGAAAGGGAUGUAACUGCCCAAACAGAGGCCAUCAAUGCUCUUCACCGGUUAGCUAAACAAGGUGCAGUCACAACAGAAAUGCGAAAUACACUUAAUGCAGUUCUAGAAAAUGAGCAGUGCUUCUACAAGAUUCGGUGCAGAGCAGCCCGCUGCCUGACACAAGUGGCCAAUGCUAUGGUGGCGAACUGGAAUGGUCCUCCUGCCAUGAUGCAGAUCUUCAGGAAAAUGUUUGGAUCUUUUUCAUGUCCAAACAUAAUUAGACAGCAUGACUUUACAAGUCUUCAAAAUUACUAUAUUCUUAAGACAUUACCAGUUGCCAUGGCUGGCCUGCGUAACACCCACAAAUCCUGUCCACCUGAGGUGCUUGGCUUCUUGAUGGAUCUCUUCAAGUAUAGUGACAACUCUAAGAACCGCUACUCUGAUAACUACUACAGAGCAGCACUAGUAGAUGCCCUUGCUGCUGCCAUCUCUGCAGCUCCUGUGCAACAUGACCCAGCCACAAUCACUUCUGACACUCUCAGUGAUAAUACAAGAAGAAUUCUGACUGAGGUGACACGGUAUCUGAACCUUGAGAAGCUGCUGCCAUGCUACAAGUACACAGUGACAGCCUCUUGUCUGCAUGCUAUACGUGUCCUGCAGAAGAAUGGUCACCUGCCAACAAAAUCUGACAUCUUCAAGGCUUAUGCUGCCUAUCCUCAGUACAUUGAUGUUCGAGUCUCAGCGGUGGAACAGCUUGUGGACAUCCUGUCUAAUGAUGGGAACCGUGAGGAUAUGGAUUAUUUAUUAACUCUGGCAGAGUCAGAUCCUGUUCCUCGUAUUCGCUACCUUACUCUUGUCUCUCUGGCCAAGAACCCUCCUUUUAUAAUGGGCCAGAGCCACAAGUUGGAUAACGAACACCUUGUGGAGCGCUUGUGGAGUAUAAUGAAUUCUGGACAAGCAUGUGACUCAAGAGUGCGCUGUGCUGUGAUGGAUCUCUACUAUGCCUUGUAUGGACGCCGCCGGCCAGCCUGCAUUCCUGCCUCUGAACCUGCACUUGUCCUCAAUCUCCGUAAGCCACCUCAUCCUCCUAUCCAGCCACCACCCACAAUCCAAAUCAAGGAGGAAGAAAAUACUCCUCCAGUUGUGAAGAAGGAGCCUCCUCCACCUCCUCCUCCUCCUGAAGAUUCAUUUGGUCCUGAUAAUGAAGUAAAAAAUGAAACUCCUGAAAUGCCUGUAGAAGUUGUCUGUGUGGAAGAUGUGAAGCCAAGAAUAAAGGUGAGACCAAGAAUAAAGGAUGAGGUAGAAGUCUUUGAAGAAAUUGUUGACCAGGCUCCAAGUGUGACUCCAAGCAUUGAAGGUGACAUGUCUGAGUCCACCACUUCCCUCCCUGGUGAUAGUCAUGAUGCACAGGCAGCACCAACAGCUUUUGAACCUGACCUCUUCCGCACUGGAAGUGCAGAUUCUCAUGGCAAAACUCACAAGAGUAAAAAGAAGAAAAAGGAUAAGAAACAUAAGAAGCACAAGAAACAUAAACAUGAACAUAAGGACAAACUUGAUAAACUUGACAAGUUCAUACAAGAAGAAAACCUCAGUUCAGGAUCUUCUAACCCUCCAAGUCCUGCUUCCCCGGGCAGCAUGGGAGGGAGUGUCUCCAACAGCAUGGCAAGCAACAUGUCUUUCUGAGCCCAAGUUUAUGUUGGCAUUGUGACCCAGCACAAACAAAUCUGUUGUAUUUACUUGCAGUUUUUUUCCUCCCUCCAUAGAUAAGCUGUAGGGACACAUUGCAAGAAUCAUAUUUCUGUAAUGUAACAUUGUAUGAAAGAAUGUAAUUUUAUUCACCAUAGUCAUGAAAUACUUUUCUAUAUGGAUAUAUCCCACAGAAUAGGAAAAUUUUCUAAUGAUAUUCUGUAAGAUUAAAUAACAGCACACUUUUAGGCAAAGUUUGUGAGUCAUGUAUUAAUGCAUUAUUUUGUACUUGACUAACAGAUUCAUGAUAGUCAAAAAGAUUUUAGAGAAUAGCUAAAAAAAAAAGAUUCUUGAAAGUAUCAAACUCUACCUGAAAUAUUGUAAAUUUUUGUGUUGCUUUGAAUUUAUAUCUGCCAUUGCAGUACAAGUUCAUUCUUUUGGUUGGUGACACUUAGGGACCAGUUUACCUUCAUGUUAUAACCAUUUACAUAAAGCCAGAAAGAGAUUGUUGUUAGAACUUGGAAUUGGCAUAUUAGUUUCCAGGGAAUUCAUUCAAUUCUGCUAAAUGUAAAUUAAUCACUUCUGUGCAUUAUUCACUCAAAUAUUCACUUUAUGUAUCCUUUAUCAUCAUCAUCAUCACCAUCAUCUCAAUAAUUGAGUGAGAGAGAGAGAGAGAGAGAGAGAGAGAGAGAACUUGUAGCAUAAUCUACUUUUAUUUGAUGUUUGGCAAAUGGCAAACGGCAAAUGGUAUUAUCUUGUACUGUUUAAUAUAUUCAUAUUUUAAAACUCACGAUAAAGAAAUAUUGUUUAAUGCAUCUCGACAGGCAGAACAUCUUGCAAGUUAUGACAGGGGCUGAUUAAUUUAGUAAUGGGAUAGUUAUGGUUUCACUGUACAAACUUUUGAUGAUAUUCUAAGUAUGGUGAAGGGAUUUAUGGAAAUGCUGCAUAACAGUUAGUGAAUUUUGUUGCAAAGGUUUGCAAACCAUACAUUGUGAAGGUGGCAGAGUGAACAUCUGGAUCUGUAUAUCAGGCUGAGAUUCCCCAUGAAAGGAGGCAACCCAGACAAGACAAUAUGUUUAACAUACUUUUUAACAUACAUUAUUUUCAUCCUAUCUUUUCAGUAACUUUUUGAAAUUGGUCACUUCAUCUGAACAAAACAUAUCAUGUUUGACAUAAAAUGUACAAAGUAUUAAACUUCAUUUGAUUCACGUGUUCAUUGAAAAUUCGCAGUGUGGAAUACUGAACAUACUAUGUAUUUCAAAAUAGCCAGUGCAUGUGUUAAGCUUAACAUAGUACAUAUUUCUAGACAACUGAUGUAUGGAUUGAAGUAUUGAGAAAUAUGUUCUCUAGUUUCAGCUGUAGCAUACUGUGAAAAUAAAUAUCCAGAAGAUAAUUUUCAUAAAAGAAUUAUGGUUGAGAUUAGACUAACACUUUUAUAUUAAAUACUUGCAGAAUAGAUACUUUAAAGGUAAA